AUUUUCCAUCCAUGCCGCUGUCAUGUUUGCCGAUUUCCAAGUGGAAGGCCACUUGGAAGGACGGCUGCUGCUGUGGUUUGGUUCAGACGAAGCUCGGGCCGAAGAAGUCGAGGUCUGACCGAAAAGCACUGUUGGACGAAACAAACGAAGCAGAUGCUGAUGCAGCUCUCUCCAAUAUCCAGCAGGCAGCUCGAGGGAAUGAUGCAAACAUCCAGGACUUUGGAGACUUUGGAGACUUUCUGGCACACUUCGAAACCUUGCCUGAGCCCACCACAAUUGAGGUGCAGGAAGGCAAUUUCGCAGCAUUCUCUUUGCCAGAGGAAUGUUUGAGUUAUGUUCCAAAGCCAUCGGAGGUGGUCUUGAACUUCCAGAAUGGAGAGUCCGAACGGAUGAUUUCUUGUAACAUAGAGCUGUCAAAGAACGAACUGUCUAUGUUGCAGAAAUGUCGAGAAGAAGCUGCCAGACAAGGUCUGGCCUUUUUGCCUUCCAUCACCGUGGCCGCCGUCCGAUACUUGAAUGAUGUUGGCGACCUACAAGGAGCUCUUCAGAAAAUGCAAGAGAACCAAGCCUGGCGCCUGAACUAUUUUCAAAAGCCUCUCCAUGAUUUCGAGAUGCUAGACGACUUGAAGAAGGGAUUCCUCUACUUCUGUGGCCGCGAUGCUGGCUUGCGCCCAGCCCUGGUCAUGCGACCUAGUCGCUGUCCACCGGGCAUGGCCUGCGAUCAGUUCGGCCGUUUGUUCGUCUUCUGCAUGGAAUAUUUCCUCCGGUACAUGAUGAUACCAGGCAAGGUGGAGAAUAUCGUGGUCAUUGUGGAUUUGAAGGACCUCUCCUAUAGUCAGCUGCCUCCUGUCGCAGCAGUGCUGGAGUUGAAGGACGUCUUAGUGAAGCAAGAUGCCGGCCGCGUCUUUUGUUUCUAUGUCUGCAACUUGCCCUUCAUCGUCCGUGCAGGGGUCAGUGUGGUGCAAGCCGCUAUGACCGAGAAACAACGCCAGAAGAUGAGAUUUGUGAGCGAUCUCUCGGAGCUCCAGGGUGAUUUUGCUUUGAACCAGCUGGAAAGUGACCUGGGUGGUACGAGAGAGUUGGAAACAAACUUUUUCCCUUUUCCACUGCCACCAGGACCUUUCACGGCUGGAACCCCAGGAAGCAACGAGGAGAAGGCCACUCCGAAUCUUCAUCGCCUGCUGUCCCCUGAAGCCGCGCGUGGUCGGCUGUGGAAUCCCAAAAAGAGGCCGGAGGAGAAUCGACGGGUUUUCUCGGAAGAAGCACGAGCCGAAUUACAAGAAAUGGAACUGGAACUUGGGAACACAUUAGAACUUCCUACGCCAAAGGCAUCUAGGGCAAAACUCGAAAACCAAAGUGUGAACUCCCAAUGCAUGUUCUUUUGCAAUCCAUUUUGUAGAGUGGGCUGUCACGUUGCCCGAUGAAGGCCAGCUCGCUAAUAUAAGUCAUGUAAGACAUAGACAUAUGAUGACGUAUCGUCAGAUUCAGAUGUCAUUGGAUUGGUCUAAGGGAACAUUGAAACCGGAAACCCCCAUAUUUCAUGGUAAAAAAACAUGGUUUCCGGUACAGAUUUUCCCUUCAACCAAGCCAAUGAAGGUGUACAGAAUCGUACAGGUCCCGGUUGGCUCAUUGCUUUGACAUGGCUCACCGGGCGCCCUAAGGGCCCGUGCGGAUUCUGCACAGACACAGUCCUCUCCGAGAGUAAAAAGAUGCGGAAUGGGCUGCUCAAAAGC